UAUUGUGUGUAUUCUACAUGUGUACUGACUUAAGGCAUAUUUUAAUAUAUUUAUUGUUUUAUUUCGGUGCUACACUGAAAGGUUUUUUGUGAAUAAUGACAAAGGGAAUUAUAUACUAGGGGGCUGGGCUUGUAUAUUUGAAUAUCAUGCGCCACUGGGAAAGUCCAAUCAGCGGAGACAAGGGGCAGGCUGAAAUUGUAGGCCUUUAUAAACCCCGCGUCCCGCUUUCUGCUACAAUUCAAACCAACGAAGACUUAACCAUGGCAAGAACUAAGCAAACUGCCCGCAAAUCGACAGGAGGUAAAGCCCCUAGGAAGCAGCUCGCUACCAAGGCUGCCCGUAAAAGUGCACCAGCUACCGGUGGCGUAAAGAAGCCUCAUCGUUACAGGCCCGGUACCGUGGCUUUGAGAGAAAUCCGUCGCUACCAGAAGUCCACUGAGCUGCUGAUCCGCAAGCUGCCUUUCCAGCGUCUGGUCAGGGAAAUUGCCCAGGACUUCAAGACCGAUCUGCGCUUCCAGAGCUCUGCUGUCAUGGCUCUUCAGGAGGCUAGCGAGGCUUACCUGGUUGGUCUGUUUGAGGACACCAACCUGUGCGCCAUCCACGCCAAGAGGGUGACCAUCAUGCCCAAAGACAUCCAGCUGGCCCGUCGUAUCCGUGGGGAGCGUGCUUAAGUUGAUCCCGACAACGUCAGAACAACGGCUCUUUUAAGAGCCAACUCAUUAACUCCUGAAAAAGCUAAUUUUUCCUCUAGUGUUUUACACAAGAAAUAUUAUAGCCCUCGCGUAUACUGUUCUAACCUACAGUACGUAUAUUCCCUCCCUAGUACAUAUCACGUUUGAAAUACAUUGGGUGUUCUGUCCUGGUUCGUACAUAAGACUGGAAUGACCGAGAGGGUGUUGCUUUGCGCUUUGUUUAUAAUUCAGACAGACAGGUUUAGCUCUCUUUACCAUACACACAUUUUGUGGCAUGAAAUUAAGAACUAAUUUUGUACAACCACUGGUGGGUGAUGGUAGUUGUACGCCUAAACAGUUACAGUGCGUCACGAAGUUCGUUACAUUGUUUAAGACUGCGACAAUUUAAUAGCUGAUGUUGUGCGCCCCAUCUUAAAGUACAAAUCACUGCA